AUGUCCUUGAAGAAUUAUCUCACCACUAGUGUGAUGUUGAUCACAAUGUUUUUAUUUGUUGACCUCAACCCAGUCAAUGCUGCUAGGAAGAUUGAUUGUACUGGUGCAUUCAAGAUCAAAACCACCCUUCAGGGCUCCAUCUACGCAAAGUGUAAUGUGGAUACAAUAGGGAAUGAAAGUUACAAGUGUGAUCUUGACCAAUGUCAUUAUGUGAAUUAUUUGAGAAUGGACGGCUGCGUGCCUGUAACUUUCUACGGAGGUCAAGCCACUCCCAGUGCCAAAAAAAAAUUUUACACCUACGGAUACUACGACACGCAACAUUACACCUGUAGGAAUAAAGAUGCUCACGAUUUCAUUUGCAAUCAUUGGUUUACGGACAGACCAGUCAUAUCCUGCGAUUGCUAG